AUGUUCUCACCACAAGUGAACCGCUCCAGAGUUCGUUUGAGACUGGCUCCUCUAGGUGGUCACGGUCCGGAUGACUCGGUGGUGCCUGUUGACGGCCUUGGUUUUAAGCAGUAUGACAUGUUGGAUGCCCUGCACAUGGACAAGAUGAUGGUUGAGAUCAGGUCUUGGAUGCAGGACCCUCAGAGGUUCAUGCAGUCACAUGGUCUUUCAGUUACGCGCUCCAUGUCCAAGGAGGGGAAUAGUGUGUUUCCUCUCAUAGUGGAGGGAUUUCUCAUCUUCAAUUACGGACCCCUGAACACACUGUUCGACAAGAGAUACUUCUUGGAGAUUCCGUACGAGAUGUGUAAGCUGAGGAGAAGCUCGAGGGUCUAUGUUCCUCCGGACCCUGUGGGUUACUUUGACGGUCAUGUCUGGCCCAUGUAUCUGAAAAACAGAAAGGAAAUGGAGGACACUGUGCAGGACCUGGUUUUUCUAGAUGGCACUCAGAAGAGAGAAGAUAUGUUGGCCACUGUGUACAAAGACAUCCAGCAGAUGUUUACAGCUGUAUAGUUUAACUGUGUAGAAAGUCUCAGGUGAGUUGUUCACCUAGGUUUAUGAGGUUUAAUUAAUAAACUUAAUCAAGCUGCCUUCA